AUAGCCAUGGUGUCUCUUUGGGGUGAGAUCCACCUUGGUGAACUGUUGAGGUGCCAUGGCACAGAAUGAGGUCUAUCGAAGCACUACAGCAGGUCGUUGUGGAUAUGCGUGGUGGCCGUUGUUGAAAGUAGUGACCAGGUAUGCACUGCUCGUCGCUUGUUGUCUCGACUGUGCUCGGCUAGUUCCCGACUACAUUGCGCGCUUAUUGAUCGCGCCAAGGGUUUCCGUUCCACUGCCACCACCACCAUUGCUCUGUUGACUUGCUAAUAUCAUUCCACGACCGUAACGAUCACACAGAGAGACAGCAAACAUUGCACAAUUGCUUGGGUAACCGAGUAAGCCAUUACUUGAGACCUAAUCAUUUAGGUUUUGGAAAUCGUCUGCACGAGAAGCCCUGCCUCGUUGUAGACACGCCUUUGCACUUCUAUUACGAUCGGUGAGUUUUAUGCCUGAUUCGUAUUCUUGCGUUCGCUCUUACGUCUUUCUCACCUCUUUCUUAGACGAUUUCACAUUUACCUCGCAUAGGUAACAACUCCAGCUACUCAGGACGUCUCAUUGAACAGGUGCUCUAGCUCGACUAUGAUUAUGAAUCAUGAAGAGCACGGCCAUGUCCUCAACCUUUCCGACGUCGUACACGACGAGACAAUUGGCGAAGAUGAAGAUCACCACUCAGGCCCUCUUUCAUCCAACUAUGAUCCAAAUGACAUUCCCAUAGACCCCGCUCUAGACGACUUAACCUCUGAUCACACACUCGGGAACUCCUCAAAUGGCCCUUCCUACAUGGAACAACUUGAACGAGAAAUCGCUUCAUUACUCAACCAGAGUGCUAUGGACGCGUCCGCAGCCUUGUUGAGCGCUGCUGCUCAACAGAGACAAACUGAAACCGGGGAGAAGCGGGACCUACAUGACCGACAUGGGACCGAGAGUGGUGGAGAUAUCGAUGCCAGCGUGCCAGAUUUCAGUACGGGGCUUGCGGCGUUCUUAGAGGCGGCUGCUCAGCAAGCGCAAGAGAGCGAAAGGGCAUUCGCUGCGAGUGACCCUUUGGCGAGUCAGCGCAAGGAGAGGGAGAGGGAGAAGAUGACUACUCGUGCUGCGCCUGCUUUCCAUUCUCUCACUGCGGACGACAAACCGCUCACAUCGCCUGGUGCUGCUGGAGCUGGCAGUGGAACCGAUGGAUCUGAAUAUCUGUAUGAUGGCGAACUAGAGAGUAAUCCGGAAGAGGAUUCAGAAGGUGCUCGUCUCAGCUCUCCCCCUUUACCUGGCGAGCGCAUUGAUUCCUUGACUGGCGACACGUCUUCCCGAGUCGCGGGUGAUUUCAGCGACCUGAAUGACAUAUUCAGGGAUAUCCCACAUUUCGACCAGGAAGACUCAGGACCACAACCCGAGGAGGUGACUUCACCAAUGGCACCAACAUCAACAUCAGCAGCUACAGGUGCACCAGGCGCAGAAACUGUCACACUCUUGACUUCUGCAAACCUCGCUUCGUCGUCCUCGUUAUCACAUCACCGUCGAACGGCCCCGGCCCCUCCCCCUCCACCUGUAAUCCGUAGACCAGCCUCGACCACUCAACCGCAACCUGUUGCUUCGACUUCUUCGGGUCCCGGAACGGCAAGUGAAGCAGAGAGUCCCCAGAUAUUGGUGAUGAAGCCGACUGAAGGGCAAGGAGAGAACAAGGGUCCAAAGAUCCAUACAUGUGAACAGUGUAACAAGACAUUCUCCCGGAGGAGUGAUCUCGGGAGACAUAUGCGAAUACAUACGGGCGAAAGACCGUUUCCAUGUCCUGAGCCUGGAUGUGGCAAAACGUUCAUCCAGAGGUCGGCGUUGCAUGUACAUCAACGGGUACACACGGGCGAGAAGCCACACUUUUGCGAGUAUCCUGGAUGUGGGAAGACGUUCGGUGACUCGAGUAGUCUUGCGAGACAUCGAAGGACACACACGGGGAAGCGGCCGUACAAGUGCGAGGACCCUCUAUGCGACAAGACAUUCACGAGACGAACGACACUAACGGCCCAUAUGAGAACCCACGACCCUGAUUGGGAACCAGACCCUAACAUAAAGUACAGUUUCAGAGAUUACAAGCGACCGCGGAUAACAGAGGAAGAGAUGGAACGUAACCUACAAGCUAUCCACCAUAUCCUGUCGGGAGGACAAGCAGAUAAUGUGCCAGAAACAUUAUUCCCAGGAGGAUCUUCAGAUUCAGGUGUGCGUGUGUCGAUAAGUGUUGAACUUGCAGCAUCGUUGGCUGAGAAGGCACAGCGAAGGGUCUACGAAGGUGACGACGAAGAAGGCGAUGAAGAAUCAGAGGCUGAGCUGAUUGGACCACAUACAAGUGGGAUUCGAGGAGGCGGCGAUGACGAUGAAGGGGAUGGGAUGGCAGUGCCGUUGUUGGAAGGUGUGGACGGGGAUGAUGAUGUUGGGAUUCCGAUACCUUUGCGAACGCGGAAAGGCAAGGAACCAGUUGGGGUUGUUGGUGUGAAGAGGAAGCGGUAGGAUGGCUCUGCUCAUGCAUCAUGUUUUGCUUGUCGUAUUUCUUGCUUUGUUGGAUUGCAAACGUUGUAUAUUGUUAUGCUAUUUAUCGUCUAGCAGUAGUCGUUUAUGUUUGUCGUAAUACCAGCUCGAAUAUUCGUUCGGUGACCGGGGUGGGCGGACCGGGAGACUAUGACGCACAUGUGAUAGACCUACGGUAGGCAGCAAUUGGACUGGAGCUUGC